AUGGGUGCGGCACCGUCGAUGCCUUACACAGCGGAGCAUCUCGUCGGAACAUUCGUUGGCGACGAGUCCUUCCCUCUCUCCUCUGACUUCUGGCAGAAGCUUCUCGAGCUUCCUUUCGAUGCAGAAUUUCCCUCUCAACGUGUCCAUGAAGCUUGCCAGUUAUUAGCGAAAAACAACUGUAACACGAGGCAUCUUGCCAAGAUUUUGUUCCAUCUAGCAUGCUACGUGCAGGAAUCCAUGUCUACUUCUGGUGUACCGCCAUUGGUUUAUGAAAAGGCUGUUAAUGUAGUUUACUUCACUUCAGUGUUCCUAAAGCACUUGAUUGGCAGUGCCCAAGACGGUGGUGUCGAGUUGUACCUGUCUCUCCAUGAUAACGAGUCAAUACCAAAAAGUAUUAUGGGAGAUCAGACCAUUGAAAUUCUUGUUAUCCGGAAUGUGCUUAACUUUAUUGCAUCUGUAGAUGUGAGGUAUAUCAUGAAUAACAAAUUGCUUCUGUGUGGGCCACCUCCUAGAUCGAAUGAUGUGAACCCAUUUCUUGAUGCAGCGAUGGCUCAGGAUGGCCGUCUGGUUAGUUCAGUUGUGGGCAAAUUGCUUUUAAAUUACAUUACUCUUCCUCGUGUUCCUUUUAAUAGAGCAUCUUAUUCCAUCUUUUAUGACCGAAGUGAGAAUAGUGUGCUAAAGAGAGUUGGUUCUGCAGCUGCAAAUAUUGUUUUAUUGCCCUUCAGUUAUUUGAUCAGUUCAAGCAGUGAAGGUUCAAGAAAUCCAAUAGCAGAUAGCAGUCUUCACGUGCUUCUUGUUCUCAUUCAUUAUCAUAAACGUCUUGUGAGUGAGGGCUAUUCUGUCAUAGAAUAUCAAGUAUCUGCCUCUUCAGAUUCUUUACCUAAAGAGAAUACAUUUUUUUCUGACAACCCUUACUGCAUGGCCUUAGAGCAUGCAACUGAUUGCGAAUUGGAUCGUGUCGAUUCAGAGGAUAAUCACAGUGACCAGCAUGUAAAGUUGCCCUUUGCGCCGUUGUUUGAUACCCUUGGCAUGUGCUUAGAUGAUGAGACAGCUGUCUUACUUCUAUACACAUUGUUGCAAGGGAAUUCCACCUUUCAGGAGUAUGUCUUGGUCCGGGCUGAUUUGGAUACAUUGUUAAUGCCCAUUCUUGAAGCAUUGUACAAUUCUCGAAGGAGGACAGCCAAUCAAAUUUACAUGUUGUUGAUUAUACUUCUCAUUCUUAGUCAAGAUUCUUCUUUCAAUGCAGGAAUCCAUAAGCUGAUAUUGCCAACCGUUCCAUGGUACAAAGAACGACUCCUCCUCCAGUCUUCUCUUGGUUCCCUCAUGAUCAUCAUUCUUAUCAGAACUGUACAGUAUAAUAUUUCUAAACUCCAGGAUGUAUAUCUUCAUACAACGUGUCUGGCAACAUUGGCAAACAUGGCACCUCAUGUCCACCAUUUGAGUGCGUAUGCAUCUAUGAGGCUAGUCAGCCUCUUUCACAUGCUAUCAAGGAAGUAUAAUAAAUUUGCGGAUCUCAGAGAUAAGAAGCUCAAUGUUUCAGAAAACAACUCAAUUGAAAUAAGUAGCCUUGUAGAUGUGGUAUGUGAUAAGGGUUUUUCACUUGUAUGA